GGCAACAACGGCGGCCAGAAUUUUCUCACGUUUGGAUAGUGUCGAGGAGGUGCAACGCGGUCGCAGUGGCAGCGCUGUGGGAAUAACGCCGCCGGGCGGACCUGGAGCGGGAGUGGGCGGAGUGGGAGGAUCAGGAUUAGGAUCCGGAGCGGGUACGGUGGCAGCGGCAGCGGUGGCAACGGGUUCACCGGCCAGGAGUGGCCAGCAGCAGUUCGUCGGAGUGGGCGGUGGUGGCGUCGGCGUGGCGGGAGCAGGAGCGGCAGCUGUGGGAGGCGUGGCAGGAGCGGGAGCGGUACGACAGCGGAGCGCCAGCACGGUGCUCGACAUUAAUUUGCCGCAGCGCAAGGUGUCCGUGGGCGGCGGUGGCAUUGGCAUUGGCUUGGCCGGACCUCCAUCUCCAGUUAUACGGAAUGGUUUUAGUGUCUAUGAUCCGCCGGUGUCAUUGAUUUCCAGUCGGCACUCGAAUUUUAAUGGCCAGGGCGGUGUGGGUGGUGGCGGGGCAUUAGCAGCCGGACCAGGUGCAACAGCCUCCGGCGUGGGAAUAGCCACCACUAAUCGCGGACGACUGUCCAUCAGCGCAGCAGCAGGUGGGCCACUCAUCGCAUCAUCAUCAUCAGCAGCAGCAGCAUCAUCACAGGCGCCAGGAGGUGGAGCAGGAGGAGGGGCAGCCGGAUUAGGUGCAACGACAGGUGCAGGUGCAGUUUCCGUUUCCGGUUCCCUGCUCGGGGAGCCAGCGGGCGGAAGUGGAUCGGCGCCGACCAUCGGCGGCACCGCCCCAACCAACCAGCCGGGUCCCAAGCGCCAGGGCAGCUUCUCGAAUGUCUUCUCAAAGCUAAUCGAUGGUAUGCCCGCCGGCACAAUGUUUGCCAAAUUCAAGAGCACCAACGUGGCCGCCUCCACAGCCCCGCAGAGCGUCGCCGAUGGCAAUCCCAUUACGCAGUACUUCGAAAUCGGCAAGCCGGUGGCCUGUGCCGGCCCAGAGUUGGUGUGGCGCAUCCAUGAUGCCUACCGCAAGAGCGACAACAAGGAAUGUUCGGUGUUUAUAUUCGAGAAGAAAAUUGCGGAGAAGCUGCACAAGCCGCGUCGCAAGGAGACCAUAACGGAGCUGCUAAAGAGUUCUGUGAAGACACUGGAGCGCUUCCGCCAUCCGCGGAUACUGCAAAUCUAUCACACGGUCGAGGAAAGUGCAGACACACUGGCCUUCGCCUCCGAGCCCAUCUUCGCCAGCCUCUCGAACGUCCUGGCCUUUCACGAGUCGAAGACCUACGACACCACCAAUAUGACGCCGGCGGCGGGCGGAGCAGCGGCGGCCCAGGCCCAGGCGGCGGCGAACACCUUGCCCCAACGACCGGCCCAUGCCAAGGAAUACACUUUCUUGGACAUGGAGCUGAAGUAUGGCUUUCUCCAGCUGACCGAGGCACUGGCGUAUCUGCACUAUUCCGGUCACGUAAUUCAUCGCAAUGUGUGUCCAUCUUCUAUACUAAUAACCAAGCGCGGUAUCUGGAAGCUGGCCGGCAUGGAAUAUGUGGAGCGAAUGAACGAGAACGAUUUGAACAGCUCUAUUCCGUGCCCACCUUGGAGCAACCGGGUGUCCAAGAUGGCCCAGCCGAAUCUCGACUUUAUGGCUCCCGAAACUCAGUCAACGUCCAAGUGCAGCCUGCUCAGCGACAUGUUCUCGCUGGGAAUGGUGAUCUGUGCGGUCUUCAACAACGGAAGGCCGCUGAUACAGGCCGGCAACUCCACCUCCAACUAUGCCAAGCAAAUAGAAUCGCUGGAUGACAUGGUCCACAAGUUGAUGCCCAGGCUGCCAAUCGCCCUGCAGGAGGCCACUUCGCGCAUGGCCAGUCGGGAUGCAACGGCCAGACCCACAGCCCAAUUGCUACAGCUCAUCAAGUACUUCAUCGAUACGCCCAUAAACGCUCUUAAAUUCCUGGACGUGGUCAACAUGAAGGACACGCAGCAGAAGUCCCAGUUCUACAAGAGCACCUUGAUCGAGGCCAUGCCGUUGAUACCACGUAAACUCUGGUGGCAGAACAUCUGGCCCAUGCUCAAGUCGGAGAUCAACAACAACGAGGUCCUCGCCGCAGUCCUGCAGCCGGUCAUGCUCUUUGUCCAGGAAGCCACGCUCACGGAGUACGACAACCUCAUGUCGGCCACCAUGAAAAUCAUCUACAAUACACCGAAAUCCAUUCAGGCCAGCGUUACGAUACUUGAGAAUUUGCAUUUGAUUAUCGAGAAGACGAAGCCGGAGGAUGUCACCACAGACAUAAUGCCCAUGUUGUUCUACUCCUUCGACGGCUCCACGAUACAAGUGCAGAGCGCUGCCGUGGUGGCUGUGGCCAAUGUGUUUGAUAGCAUCGAUGAGCUUUCUAUUCGCCGAAUGGUCCUGCCCAAGGUGAAAAUGGUAUUUGAGAAGAACAUUACCGAUCCGAAGAUAGUGCAGAAUGUGCUUAUGUGCAUUGAACGAGUCAUGGACCGCAUGGAAAGGGCUCAGGUCAUGGAUGAGGUCCUGCCGCUGCUGGCAAACAUUCGCAUUCCCGAUCCUGAUAUCAUCAUGCGUACUGUGCGCAUCUAUCAUAAACUUUUUGUGGACAAAACGUACGGGUUGACCGUGGAGACGAUGGCCACCAAUGUGCUGCCCCUGCUCAUUCCGCACACCGUGAAUCCGGCUCUGAAUUUCGAGCAAUACUGCUACCUGCUGGAGGUGUUGCAGCAAAUGCUGGAGGCCAUCGAUCGGCAGCAGAGGAACAAGUUGAAGCUGGACAACCUGUCGAUGGCCUCGCCGGAACGGCACCGCACCCUGCGCCACCAGUUCUCCACGGACAACAUGAACGCACCGCCCUUCAACAUCCCCAACUUGCGCAUAGAUCAACGCAAGACGUCCAGCGCCGAGGACAUGGCCCGCAAAAACUCUGGCGGCUCCGGCAUGCUGGGCGGCUGGUGGUUCGGCUGCUCGCCCUCGUCGCCGGACAGCAAUUUCCUGCGCGUGGGCAACGUGUUCCCCAACCGGCGGCUCUCGGACAACACGCUGAUGACCCCCAAGAUCCGGAUAGCGCCCUCGUGCGCCUCCUCGCCGGGCGGGACUCCUGGCAGCGGGCUGCCGACGCGUCGCCACUCGAGCAUUGGGCCGCAGGAACGGCGGGGCUCCACCAUCAAUUUGUCACCGCCAACUAAAUCUCCUUUAUUGUACUCCCAAAAACAGGGUGGCUCCAUGCCGAACACCUCGAGCAGUGUUCCGUUCCUGCUAUCAUCCAGCAUGCAGUCGAUAAGGUCGCGUCGCCAGUCCACCGUUCUGUCAUCGGGUCCACUUGGCUCCGGAUCGGGGCUGCUGCAGCAGCUGGGCAGCGGCAUGGUAAGACAAUUAACUUCCGUAUCCGGCACGGUUAGCCCGGUGCCGCUGUUGCGGGUCAAUGGCACACGAAACAGCCACAGCAACGUCCGAAAGUGUCCGUCACUCAAUAUCACAUUCAGUCAAUAAUACGAUCUGAACGAAAUCGGCGAGGCUCCGGCCAACGCCGAUUCCAGCAGAUACGGUUCAGCCAGCACCAGCAAUUACCAUUACAAUACCGGGUAUAAUUAUGGCCCCCAUUACGGCCUCAAUUUCAAUCAGAGCCUCAACAAUGUGCGUUACAAGGCCAAGCUGCGGAGCAUGAAUCUCAAUCUCAAUCCGCCAAGGAGUUAAGCAGCAGACCCCAAAAUACAAUCAGAUCAAAACUAUAAAGUAUAUAUGGUAAAUCAAAAUCAAAAUCAAACUGAAACUGGAAUGAAAUCAAAUUUUGCAUCAGGGGCAGAGGGUAAAAUGUAGCAAAAUAUAUCGUAUAUGCCAAAACCAAUGAAUGAACGUACCUAUGUGAGACCUACUAUAGCCUAGCCAUACGUACUACUUACUUACUUAUAAAACUUGAAUCUCAACUGAUACUAAAACCAAUUACUAAACCAAUAUUUAUAUAUAUGCAUACUAAUAGAACGAAUACACAACUGUUGUUUUUUGAAGAAUUUAUUCAAUAUUUGUAUGUACCAUAAGUGUUAAUGUUGAAACAUAUCUGAAAUCGUAACAAAGUUAUCCACCACAUAGCCCGAAUUGGAUACUACUAACUACAGUUUAUCUUUAUUAUUGAUUGAUAUUAUUAAUUAUCUUAGUUGUUACUCCAAUCGAUUUUAAAUCCCCGCCCGAAAAUGAAAAAAGAAAAAGCGAACUAACGGCCGUGUGAAUUGUCGAAUUCAAUUAGUCAUUGGAAAAUCAAAUUUCAAAGAAUCCCCAGAAUUUCCCAUCCACACACCAACACUAUGGCCACCGCUGCAUGUGUGUGUGUUUAUGUGCGGGACGUGAUGUCAACCCAAAUUGAAUCCUUUAUCAUUGUCGUCCUGGCUAUCGUCCUUGUAAAUCCCACGAUAGUGUUAUUACUGUUAAAGCCCACAUUACCAGCUAGUUUAGCUUAAGCACCUGCACUAUGAACUUAUCGGAUUUGUGUCGUAUUAAAGGACAUUUUUCCCGCUCACACUCUUACGAGUUAGUUAGUUCGACCCAGAGUUAUACGAUAUGAUAGGAUAGUUACCAUUAGACACGUACUUUAAGUUGAUACAGUUAAGUUCCUAUAUAUUGCGGUAACCAAGGUAUAAACUAGUGAUUUUGUACCUAUUUAUUUUUUAAACUUAUAUAUUUAAAUUCAUUUCAUUGAAAGAAGUUACUUACAGUUUUAAAAAGAUUUUUGCAUGGUUCCUCAGCUUCACCUUGUCUUAAAAUUCCCUUCUUAAGGAAUUAAAGUUAAAAUUUAUUUAUAAACCAUUAAUACUUGAAGAUGUUAAAGUUUUGAUGUUUUUUUUUUAUUUUGUAUCGUUUUUGAUUCAGACAUUUCAAUCCAAAAUCUAAAUUCAUGAAAAACUUUUUAUAAAAUGUACAUACAUAUUUAAAAUAAAUUUCGAACCCAAUAGGUUGUGUCCAUGUGUUAUAUUUCUGCGUAGAUCCAACCGCCCAAAUUGAGAUUUAUAAAAGUGCAUGCCAACAAAAAUUUCUCAAAGAAUAUCCCUCUCCAUUGAACUAAAUAAUUAACCAUAUGCUGAAAUAUAGGUGAAACAGAAGCUUUUUCUGUAGCUUUUCUAGGAAAACAAAAUGAAGAUAUAAUAUACGAAGCCCGUUGAAAUGCAUGCGCAUGCAAUUUUUUCAGUUUUUUUUUAUUCUUGCAUCUGUUAAAUAUUUGUGGUGUUCCUAAAUGUUUUGGAAUUGACGUUUUCCAUGGCAUUGUGAACGUUCUGUACUACUUGACUUGCCAUUUUACUUUCUGCCCAUCUGAACUGCACUAUAUAUAUUCUGAAAAUACAACAACCAGAAUAUUGAGAUAAACAAAAGAGAAAACUUAAGCUGAUAAAUCGAAUUAAACUGCUGAUCAUGGAAAUAUUAUAAAAUAUAUAUUUGUGUAAACUUGAUUGAUUGACUGACACUGAAGGCUUCAGAAGGCUGCUAUACCUGCUAUCUUGCAUACCUAUAUCGAUCUAAACUAUAUGAAUCUGUUAACCGACUUACCAGAUGUUUAUAUGCAUUUGUAUUGUAUUUUACUCUACUACGAUUAAGUAAUUGCGAAUUUAUUGUAAUUGUUAAAUGUAUACUUGGCUUUUGCACAAUCAGUGUUGCUUUGACCUUCAAUCCCGAUAACCCCCUCCCGCCCGCUUAUGCAUAUUAAAUUUUAAUUUCGCUUUCGCCGUACUUAUGAUUAUGAUUAUACUUCAAAAUGUGCCUUAAGAGUUCAAAGGUUCUCGCAUUCCAAGUGCGUAGUGCGUAGAUUGUGCGACAAAAAUCUUUAAGAAUAUACAAGUAUAUUUAGCAACUUGAUGGGAUCGAAAAAGAGUAGCUACCGAUACCUAUAGACAGGCAUAGCUCUGCUUGACGAUCGUAUGUAAGUGAACCGGAGGUGAGAGUCACCGAAAACCUGCGAUUAUACCCACACUCAUCCACAAUUGUACCUUAGUAGUAGUUUUGUAGUCACCCACAUCCGGUUCCGGUGGAAAUCCAACACAGACACGUACACCUAGCCGUAAGUUGAUCCUAGUUAGAUGUUCGUAGUUUGCAUUGCGUAACCAGUUGAACCCAAGUACAACAGAUCCCAGAUAAUCCAGAUACUCCACCCCGCAAUUACCGGAAACAGGAAUCAGAACCCGAGAAUCGAAUCGAUGCAUGACAACCGAACCCGAUGUGUGUCCCACCCCUUUUGCUAAUAUCCAUGUCCUCUUUAUAAUAACAAUAUAUUGUGUGUGCCUCUUUCUCUCUUCUUGGCUCCAAAUAUUUGAUGUUUUCCCGUAUUCGUAAUUCCCGUAAUAUACGUAAUAUCCGUAACGGAGUGCGAGAUACUUCAAAACCAAGUAGCUUCCGCAGUUCCCAUCGUAUUUGCCCAGUAGCUAAAUAAUUCCUAAUUAUGUAACAAUACAACCAAUAGCCUUUAUAUGUAUUUUGAAAAUCGUUUGAAACCGAACAACCAGAUUGAUGGCCUAAUUAUCUUGCAACAACUCUAUUACAGUAUCAACUAUUCUCCGGACGUAACUAAAGAUACAGAAACGCACACAGAUAAAUACAUUCAAAAGAAUCCAAUUACUUUUCAAUGCAAUUUCGGUCCAUUUAUGAAACACCAGUAAUCAACUUAUAUUAGCGGCAUAUAAAUAUAAAAUUGUAAACGUAUACCAAGAGCAAACUUAACUAAGUAUUUUCAGUCGAAUCUCUAAAUGUUGUUAGCCAAUCCAAAUCGAUGUGACCAAAGCAACAUAAUAAUCACAAAUUAAUUGUAAUUUAUCAAAUACAAAAGUGUCAAACACAAUCCAACAAUCACAAAAACAACACGAUCCAGAGAAAAAAAAAAAAAAACAUGCAGAAUGCAAUCAAUUCAUAGAAACCCUAAUUAUUCUUGAAUAUAUUUAUUAUGAAUGUUUACGCUAGGCCAAAAUACGUGUGAAAUAUUCCUUUAUGUGUCAUAGAACUUACAUAUAUCAUGCCAAUAAUCUUUUAAUUUAAACCAUUAAUAACCGAACCCUAUCAUAAAGCGAAGAAGCAAGUGAUGGAAAAUACAAACUUAAAUAUAAAUUCUUUAUUUGUUUUGCAAACAUCAAUCAUGUCGCUACCUCGGAUAUAAAUAAGAAAUCAAACUAGAGGAAUUCGUGUACCUACAUACAUCGUACCUAGCACCAUAAAAAUCAAACUUAUCACAGAGCUUUAUAGCAAACGCAAUCAAAACAUAAUGAAUAUUGAUAACCACGAAUGCGGAGAGAAGUUUAUUUUUAGCCAAGAACCUCGAGGGUUCCCGCCUGCGCUUUACAGUGAUGAAUCCACAUAUAUAUUCCCCAUCAUUCAAUCCAUUAUAUAUACACUCUGUUCAACCGGAAUAUCUCGAACCACACCCAAAACUACUACUAAGGUGAAUACACGUAUCCAACCCAAGGUCCACCGAUCCAAUAUCUACCGAUCCGAAAUAGAACCACAACAAUUAAUGAAGCCGAUGUUCCUGAAGGCAAUCUCAAUCUCAAAUUUAUAGUCAAUUUGUAUAGUUGGGCAGCUAUGCUAUAUGCGUAUAAGUGUGGUAUAUGGUAAACUCUUGAAACUUUAUAUAGUGACGACGUCAUUAAUGUAUUCAUUACGUAAACUGCAAUUAAAUCGAUUAUCAUUGUUGUGGUAUGUUUAGCGGAAUAGAAGUGAAUAACUAAAAAACCAAAUAUGAAUUUAUAUAUGUAUACAAGCAAAAAGCAAGACGAACUCUACCUAGGACACGCUAAAACCUACUCUAUAUACACGAAUGAUCUAUGCUCUGAAUAACACGAACGGGAACGGGACAAUCAAAAUUCUACCGACACUAAUUCAAUACCAAUUACGAAUUUCUAUCUACCAGUUACGAUUUUCUGUUACGUUGUUGUCGUUGUGUUUGUUCGAUCCGUUGGAUCUGCAUUUGGUUGAUGCCAGCUAAUGAUCCUGAAACUCCAGCAUAUCCUUGCCAUGCACCUGAAACUGCUUUGCAUUUUGUUCAGUCUGAAUUUUUUGUUCAUUUCGGUUACGUUUUGCGGUCUUAGACAAGGCAUAUCGAUAUGGUUUACUAGCGUUUAAUCGUACGUAUACAUAAUUAGAUUUACUUAAUUUUAAUUAAUGUUUACGUGAAGACACACAACUAAACAUACCAAAAAAAAUGGGGAAAACCAAAAGCUCAAACUGGACUGAACAUUAAGAAUUAUAUUAUGUACAUUAUUGAAUUGCAUUUGAUUGUGUGAAGAUCGUUUUAAUAAGAGUAACUACGGUUAAUAUUAAAGGGUAUUAUAUUUGUAUUCGAAUUUGUAUGUAACUCUGAUCGUAUGUAUGUUAUGUUAUCGUAAGUGUGACGUCCUAGAACCUGUAACGAAAUUGAAAAGAAGCCAACUCUGUCUCUUGUGAUUCUAUUGUGAUGCUGUGGGAGUCAAGCAGCACUCAACUGUUUUUAUGCCUCUUAAAGUUUAAAACAAAGCUAAUCAAAGCAAAACCAAAACUAAACUACCUAUCUCUACUCUAGUCUAUGCAAUGCAAAUUGGCAACCAGAACUUGAAAACAAUCAUGCACAAUAAAUGUUAUGCAAUUGAGAGAAUCCAAGGCCAAAGACCCCAAAACUUUUUCUUAUACUCGUACUUACACUACUUGAAGUAAAUGUGUACAACUAAAGGAAUUCUAGAUUUUAAAUGUGCUAAAACUGUUUAUAGUCAAGUACUAAAUUAUGAGUGUAAUUAUCGAAUAUAAAUACGUACAAAGGAUGGGGCAUUCGGCAUAGUAAUACUAAUGUAUAAACGUGGGAUCGAUGGUUGGUUGAAGAUGGGAAAGUGCAAAUGCAUGUGACAAUGUACGUAUAUAAAAACCAAUUGAAUUUAAAUGUUUAAUAAAUGUGUGGAAAUGAA